UCGUCGAGUUCGGAGGGAAUGGGUGUGUUCGAGAUUGAGGAAGCCAUGUGUUUUGUGUUGCUCUGGAUUGGUGCGGUGGAGUACUGUAUAUAAACACGGACCGCAGAGUUAGAGAAAGAAAGAGCCAGAGCAGCAAGAUAAAUGAGAUGCAGGAGGAGCAAGAGAGUUCUUGAAGAGCUGGCCUUCGCGUGUCGCCGAAGGGAGGCAGAUCAACUAAAGCGGGAUGCAGGUGCGGGGUCCACCAGCCGGAUUCGGGGUCCGGGAUUGUCUUGGUGGCGUGCCGGCAGAAUACCGGGCCAUGGAUUUUACGAGCGCUACAGCCGGUGGGAUGUCAAACGCUUCUAUGUUACACUCUGUGAGCUUCUGGCGCCAUCCCCAGCACACUGGAAAGCCACUGGAGGAGGGGAGGCCAAUGUGGCCAUAUCUAAUAAUCCUAUUGGUGUUCUAAAUAUAAAUAUUGGUGCUGAGCCAGGCAAAUGCUUUACGCGAUUCUGUGUCAGAUGCUGGCUCAGGGACAGCCAGUCGAACAAUGCUGAGCAAAGGGUCAUUGCAGACACGUCAUGUACAAGGCCAAGGGAAAAGUCGGCGAUGGCGAAGAGGAGGAAGGCGGCAUUGCCUGCAACGUGAUCUCUACUUGCUGAGAUCGCGCAUGGAGGGGCACAUGCCAAAGCCCCGCAACACCCCGCUUUCCAUCCGCAACCCAGGCAAGCCGAUGCCGCACGUAGUCGACCAAUCCCGUCACACUAGAUGAGUAAGAAAAGCAAGGGGUGCUACAAGAUCAGGGAUUUGAAGUUGACGGGAGCUUGCCCUUGUUCGGAAUGU